GUGACGAAAUGGAGGAGCGUUUAAACGUCGAGUCGGCAGCUGCAGCGCCGGCAGCGGAGGUAGACCUAGUCGAGGAGGAGGAAAAGCAGUAGCUUGUUCCAAAGAGAAAUGCGUUUUUAAUCGUGUGACAUUAUUUUGGUUUUAACAAGGAGGAUACUGAAAAAUUAUAAAUCUAAGUUGUGCAAAAACACUGUUGUCACCAGCCAGAGCAAUACAUCUAAACUUUUCCACCACCUGCAAUACAAUCAUGUGGUUGAAUUCGAACUCCCUCUCUGCUCCGAUGAUGUUGGUUCCAUUGAUCAAAUGAGAGCAACCUGACCUCUCCUGCAGAUGAAACGGUGGAGGGCACUGAUACAUGCAUCUGUAUCCAAAGAAUUAGCCACCUGCAAAUGAGACAGCUCAGGCCAGGCCAAGACCUUGUCAAUUUAGGCAGGGGCGAUCUUGAACUCAUUACCAAAGUGAUGUUGAAGUAGCAGCUUUGCCUGAGAAUAAUCCUCCCCUGGAGCCAUAUGCUGGCAACUCCGAACCAGUUCCCGUGGCUGUCCUCUGGUAAAUUGUUCAAGGUCUGUAUGCCUUGGCUAUUGGAUUGAGCUUGAGGGAUUCUAUUGCCUUAUUUUUCUUUUCCAGGGGAGGCAGUGCUUGACCUUCCUCUACGGGAGAUUUUUCCGCUUGAAUGUUUGCUGGCUACAUUUGAAAUACUGUCCUCUGGAUUCACUUCAUCAUCAACAUCAUCAUGAUCCCUUCAAUGUUUGUUCAGAACCUGGUACAAUUCCCAUCAAAAAAACAUGAACACCUUGGGCUUCAUCACACAGAUAAGGAGAUCAUCAAGAACCCCUUGCACCUUUGCUUUAUCAUUGGUUUGCAUAAACACUUGCACCUUUUCUCUUUAUUUAGCUUGGCUUUACGAGUGUUUUGUAACCUUUCAAACUUUUAAAAUCCUUUUGAAAUCCUUUGCAGUUAAUGUUAAAACACGUUUUUCUUCGUCCUUUUGCUAGCGACACUGUUACUAUUAAUGUUUAUUUCAACUGAUUGCACAAUAGCCUCGGUGGGCUCUUUUAGUUUCAUGCACAUCCAUGAUGAUUUCCCAGGCGAUCAAAGCUUAAGUUCAAGUUAAUUACCCUCCCUCUUUGACCACCAAUGUAUUGGAUUUUUGCCCCUUGGAUGUAGUAAACAAUUGUACACACAAACGCGAAUGGCCAUUCAUACGUUUGUAAAUAAAUUUGACUACUCAUGUUGGGCCUUUUGAGUAAACGAACUGUAUCGGAUCACUUUAUGAACUGAUUCGUUAUUUUCUCAGUUCAGUUGAACAGAGCUCACCCGCGAACACGUGGCCCGCGCAUGCAUUUUCUGACUCGUGACUCUUCGUGAAACUUUGGUCAAUGACGCAGUUAGCCGGCAGAUAGCGCAGGGGGAUGGUGCGUGAUGAACGAGGCCUGUUUUUAUUUUUGAUUGUUAAAAUGUGUUAAUAUGUUAAAAUAUACAAUAGUGUUUGUUUAUCCUUUUGCUUUAUCUUUAUUUUCCACUUUCAUAUUUUUUUUGUAUUAAUUUCAGUAGAAUAAAGCAUAGACAGUCAUAAAGGCUGUACUUUGUUUAUUUGAAAGGCUGUAAACGCAUCUCUUAGUGUUGGGUCUUAAGCCUUUGUUGCAGCAAAUGGAGGAAUAUAGUGAGUGAUUGAGGAGAGGGAUCCGGUCAGUGAAUGCUACUGAUCCACUGAUUCACGUUGCAUCACUGGCUCGAGUCAGUUUGCGAACGGAUCACUGACUGAUUCGUUCACCAAGUGAACCACCAGUACGUGAACGGAUCAGUUAGUGAUUCGUUCGUCAAGUGAACCAGUUCACUGCAGGUCGCGAGUCAGCCUCUGUGUCAUUGCCGACCAUUGUUUUACAUUUAUAAUUUGCAUCGCCUGCGUUGUACUUUUAAUCGCCGUUACGAUGUUAAUGGUGGGGGUUGGACGGGGCAAACAUUAUUUUUAUUUUAUUAAAUAGUUUUUAUUUAACACAAAUUAUUUAACAGUACACCCCAGAUGUGAUGUAAAUUGUAAUGUUAACGCCUGCAUUUUUUUCAUUUACAACUUGUUUAAUUUCCACAAUUAAAUGUUACUGACUGAUUCGAUGAACGAAUCAAUUGAAUGAAUCAUUUUAAUGAGCUGAUCCGAGUGAUACGGUACAGUAAAAAGAACGAUGGUUCCCACCACUAGUACAACUCAGCUUUUCACCAGUUAACUCGCAAAACUCUCAGUAUUCACUGCACCACCUGAGUUGCUGAGUCAUGAGUGCUGGCUGCAAUCCCUUCCAAUCACUGACAUGAAAUCCUGAAUAGAGAAACGUAGAAGACAUACAGCAGGGUUUGAAGGACAACAUCCAAAAUAAGAUUAAGAUAAGAUUUACAGUGACGAGGACUGAUAAAGCCACUCAUUAAAAGUUUUUGAAUAGACACAUAUUCCACUCACAUUGUAAAAGUAAAACUUCAGAAGUCUCAAUACAGUGUGCCUUUCCCAACAGAUUGUUAACAAAUAUCUGCCCUUUGAUCAAACAAAGGUAGGCUUAUCUACACCAGCGUUCCUGCCCUCUUUUAUGCAAGUAUUCUGUUUCGUUUUCUUUGGUGUCAAGCAGGAAAUAAAGUUUUAAAAAAGAUUGGACCUGAAGACAAAUACUUAAUACAGCACCUUCCUUAUAUUUCUAGGUAACCGUGUCGAACAAAACACAACAGUUUUUCCAUAUUUUUUUCUAUAUCAAGAUGAUAAAAACAUAAAAUAAGCUCCACCUCUACUGUAACUUGAUGAGGAAGUGAAACACUGUAAAGCCAGUCCAACACUGUCAGUCGGACUGCAUUCUUGCCUGACAUAUCAGUUCAUUGGAAGGUCAGAGGAGGACUGUGCUUCUCCUGACAUGGACUGCAGCAGCUGAAAAAGGUGUAAAGUCUAUCAUGAGUACGUCUAAGGAGAAAGAUGAGAGAAUCCUGCCACCAAAUCACAGUCUGUCCCAGAGACAGACCAAACCUAAGAGAAACCCAGGAGACACAAGCUGUGUGUCCAUGAAGAGUAAUGGUUCCAUGGAUCCUCCUCUUGUCUUUAAAAGGACUGUGCAGAAUACAGGAGACAAAAGCUGUGUGUCCAUGAAGAGUGAUGGUUCCAUGGAUCCUCCUCUUGUUUUCAAAAGGACUGUGCAGAAUACAGGAGACACAAGCUAUGUGUCCAUGCAGAGUAAUGGUUCCAUGGAUCCUCCUCUUGUCUUUAAAAGGAUUGUGUCGGAUAUAGGAGACACAAGCGGUGUGUCCAUGAAGAGUGAUGGUUCCAUGGAUCCUCCUCUUGUUUUCAAAAGGGAUCAGGAGAAAUCAUCUGAGGAGGUUUACACUGGUCAUCAAACAGCCCUGAGCUCAAUGUUUGUGAUUCUGGAGGAGAACAUUCUUACUUUUGUGAAGAAUGAGUUGAAGGAGCUCCAGAGGUUUCUGGAUCCAGAGUGCUUUAAGAGCCAUGAUGAUGAGUCUCAGGCGAUUAAUGGUAAAGAGGAAGAGCAGAUGAAGAGCAGCAGAAAAGCUUUUCUGAAAAUCGCACUGCAGUUCAUGAGGAGAAUGAAGCAGGAGGAGCUGGCUGACUUCCUCCAAAACCGAACUCUUGGAGCCUCGUGUCACCAUAAACUCAAAUUGAGUCUGAAGAAGAGGUUUCAGUGUGUGUUUGAGGGGAUUGCUAAAGCAGGAAAUCCAGCACGUCUGAAUCAGGUCUACACAGAGCUUUUCAUCACAGAUGGAGGGACUUCAGAGGUCAACUGUGAACAUGAAGUCAGACAGAUUGAAAAAGAAUUCAGGAAACCAGACAGAUCAGAAAUAACAAUCAGAUGUCAAGAUAUCUUCAAAGGUCCACCUGGAAGAGAUGUACCAAUCAGAACGGUGAUGACAAAAGGAGUGGCUGGCAUUGGAAAAACUGUUCUAACAAAGAAGUUCACUCUGGACUGGGCUGAAGACAAAGCCAACCAAGACAUACAGUUCCUGUUUCCAUUUUCUUUCAGAGAGCUGAAUGUGCUAAAGGAGAGAAAAUUUAGUUUAGUGAAACUUGUUCAUCACUUCUUUCCUGAAAUCAAAGAAGCAGGAAUCUGCAAGUUUGAAAAAUUCCAGGUUGUGUUAAUCUUUGAUGGUCUGGAUGAGUGUCGUCUUCCUCUGGACUUCCACAAUAAUGAGAUCCUGACUGAUGUUACAGAGUCCACCUCAGUGGAUGUGCUGCUGACAAACAUUAUCAGGGGGAAACUACUUCCCUCUGCUCAUCUUUGGAUAACCACACGACCUGCAGCAGCCAAUCAGAUCCCUCCUGAGUGUGUUGACAUGGCAACGGAGAUCAGAGGGUUCACUGACCCACAGAAGGACGAGUACUUCAGGAAGAGAUUCAGAGAUGAAGAGGAGGCCAGCAGGAUAGUCUCCCACAUUAAGAGAUCACAAAGCCUCCACAUCAUGUGUCACAUUCCAGUCUUCUGCUGGAUCACUGCUACAGUUCUGGAGAAUGUGUUGAAAACCAGAGAGGGAGGAGCACUACCCAAGACCCUGAGUGAGAUGUACAUUCACUACCUGGUGGUCCAGACCAAAAUGAAGAAGGUCAAGUAUGAUGGUGGAUCUGAGACAGACCCACACUGGAGUCCAGAGAGCAGGAUGAUGAUUGAGUCUUUGGGUAAACUGGCUUUUGAUCAACUGCAGAAAGGCAACAUGAUCUUCUAUGAGUCAGACCUGACAGAGUGUGGCAUUGAUAUCAGAGCUGCCUCAGUCUACUCAGGAGUGUUCACACAGAUAUUUCAGGAGGAGAGAGGCCUGUAUCAGGACAAGGUCUUCUGCUUCAUCCAUCUGAGUGUUCAGGAGUUUCUGGCUGCUCUUCAUGUCCAUCUGACAUUCGUCAACACUGGUGUCAAUCUGCUGUCAGAAGAACCAUCGGCUUCUCUUCUGGACACAUCUGAUCCAUUUUCUUUCUACCAGAAUGCAGUGGACAAGGCCUUACAGAGUCCAAACGGACACCUGGAUCUAUUCCUUCGGUUCCUCCUGGGUUUUUCACUUCCGACCAAUCACACUCUUCUAGGAGACCUUCUGAAGCACAGGAAAACAAAUUCUUCAACAACUGAGCAAACAGUUGAAUACAUCAAGUCCAAGUGCUGUGAAAUGUCAAGUUCUGACAAAAACAUCAACCUCCUUCACUGUCUGAUGGAGUUGGAGGACACUUCUCUAAUAGAGCAUAUUCAGAAACUUAUCAGAACAGGAGAACUGUCCACGGAUACAUUUUGUCCGGCUCAGUGGUCAUCUCUGGCCUUCAUCUUACUGGCUGCAGAUGAAAAUUUGGACAUGUUUGACCUGAAGAAAUACUCUGCUUCAGAUGAGGCUCUGGUGGGGCUGCUGCCAGUGAUCAAGGCCUCCACUAAAGCUGUGUUGAGUUGCUGCAAUCUGUCAGAGAGAAGCUGUAAAGUUCUGGCCUCAGUUCUCAGUUCCUAUUCUUGCACUCUGAAAGAGCUGGACCUGAGUAACAACGACCUGCAGGAUUCAGGAGUGGAGCUACUCUGUGAAGGACUACAGAGUCCUCACUGUUCACUGGAAACUCUCAGGCUGUCAGGCUGUCUAAUCACCAAGAGAGGUUGUGCUUCACUGAACUCAGCUCUGAGUUCCAACUUCUGUCAUCUGAAAGAGUUGGACCUAAGAUACAAUCACCCAGAAGACUUGGGAGUGAGGCAACUUUCUGCUCGACUGGAGGAUCAAAACUGUAGACUGGCCUCUCUCAGGAAGGACCACAGGGGAUCACAGUUCAUGCAACCUGGCCUGAAGAAGUAUGCCUGUGAACUCACACUGGACCCAAACACAGCACACAGAAACCUCGUACUGUCAGAUCAUAACAGAAAAGUAACAGCAGGGAAAAGAAAGCAGUCAUAUCCUGAUCAUCCAGAGAGGUUUGACUUCUGGAAACAGCUUCUGUGCACAGAUGGCCUGACUGGACGGCGUUACUGGGAGGUUGAGUGGACAGGACAGGUUUAUGUAGGAGUGACUUACAGAGGAAUCAAACGAAAAGGAGCAGAUAACGACUCCUGCAUUGGAAGGAAUGAUCAGUCUUGGAGCCUUAAGUUCUCUGAUGAUGAAUGCUAUGGCCUGUAUAAUGAUAACAGAAUUUUCAUCCCAAAACGUCCUUCCAACAGUGAAAGGAUUGGAGUAUAUCUGGACUGGCGUGCUGGCACUCUGUCCUUCUUCAUUGUCUCCUCUGACAAACUGAUCCACCUUCAUACCUUCUACACCACAUUCACUGAGGCUGUCUACCCUGCUUUCAGGAUUAGGACGGAGCCAUUAAACUCAUCAGUGUCACUGUUACCUCUAUCACAUCGGAAACACCAGGUUGACACCCAGGUCGACUUGCCUUAGGUGCGCUUUCACAUUGCCGCAGUCCCACGUCUGACCUUCUGCUGUGAAAGUUGUGUGUAAUUUUUUUCCUCCCUCUCAUACUUCAUCGCAUCGACAACAUCAUCAUUACAUAUUUAAGUGUGCUGCAUUUCCUCUUCUCCACUGAUGCAGAGCUCGCGGAUAUCACGGUUAGUGUCAUUGCGUUGCCAUGAUCAAUAAUAAAGUUUGCCAUAUCACUGUAUAAGCUAUAUAAAAACACAGCCACACAUGGGCAGUUUACAUCAAGAAUCCUCAGUGUAAUUUCCCAAACAUUACUUAAGGCUUAUUCACCUAUGCACUUAAAGAUCAUGUAACUACACAUUUGAUUUGUUUGAUUAAUAAAAUGGCACUUCAGACAUCAGUCUCUUACAGGAGUAGUUCACAACUUUGCUCUGUUUUUGAGCUGAUUGCAGCCCUGGAGCUUCUACAAUGACACAGUCUGACAGGCCAUCCAGUGGCAAAAUCACAAUUUGACACGCUGGUAUAUCAUGUAAAUUAACGGAUCAACGCGGCAUUCCCCUUCAUAGCUGAGCUGAUAAAAUCAUCCAUUCAACUAAGGUUUUUCGUUCAGUGUGAGAGGGUCUUAGGUUAGACACAGUAAAGCUCAUUCUCAUUCUGUGACUGGCAAACCCAGAAUUGAACUUCACAGCACAUUUGAAGGAAACACCUGAAAAUGGGACUUUUCUAAUCCAAGACUUAACCAGUCAAGACUCAAAGGUGUAACUGUUGCCAGAGGGGCUUCUAAAGGUACGCCAUGUCUAAAUUUUAACUUAGUAAAUGCAUUUUUUUUCAUGAAUGUGAAUAUGUCUGACUUAGUAGAAAACAUCAUGUAUAGAUUGAUGGCCAGCAGUGAAUGACAGGUUAGAUAAGUCAGUGGUGAGUUAUAGUCAGACUAACACUAAGCACAUUAUUAUGGAUUCUAUUUAAUCAUUUAUGGGGCAAGGAACAUACAUGGUACCUUCAGCACACAUUUUAAAUUGCGUCCCUGUGUGAGCUGUAGAAACAUGUGGUUUUCACCCAGUCAAUCAGAGAAGAUCAAGGAAACAUUCUGUGUGUCUGACCUGCUCAUUAGCAACAUGAGCUGUAGAAACAUGUGGUUUUCACCCAGUCAAUCAGAGAAGAUCAAGGAAACAUUCUGUGUGUCUGACCUGC